AUAAAAACAUUAAUUCAACAAUUUUGGAAGAAUAUUAGUAAAUGUUUGGAAAAAGUGGCAAAAAUGCUAUUUGGAAAUUCUCCGAGUUUCUAUGCGUUUUAUUGUUUAGUAAUCUUAUUGGCUAUUUUUGUUGCCAAUUCCUCGGUUAAUGCAGGUGUUUUGAAAUUUGAAAGAAGCCAUGAUGGCUAUCAAAAAUUGAAAAAUGAAGGAGAACAUGAAGUUGAAACAGGGAAGUUGGAAAGUGGGGGUAAACAAGGUAAAAAUAUUCCUAAGGAAAAGAUGAAACAAAUGAAUGAGGAGGCAUUCGAAAUUGGAAAUUUUAAGAAAUAUAAGAAUGUUGCACUUCCUUUUAUUGAAACUAUGACAGAUUAUAAAAAUAUAUCCAACUAUCUAAACAUAAUUAUUGAAGUAAAAGCGCUCGAUGCACAAAUUCUGACAUUCUUUAAGAAUGUUUCAACGUUUAAAAAUUUUGUAAAUUAUUUUACCAAACGUUACAACUUUAUAAGCAAGUCAAAAGAGGCGUCGAAAGUAAUAAAGGAAAAAUUUGAGGUAAGUUUAUUUCUUAAGGAAAGAAGGUCAAAAGUUUAGAAGGUAGCGAUCGGUCGCUGCUAUUAGAAGGUGAUGUCAGGGACCUGGUGUUUUUCUUGAUAUUUGGAUCCGUAAGGUUGCAGGAUGCCUGCUUGGAGCUUAACUUAUGUGAAAAAAUUAAAAGUUGAAAAUUAAACAUUCUAAUUAAAUCCAACUGACGUUUAUUUAUCAGUGG